UUUUAGAUAGAGAGUACGUAAAAUAUGGUUGGCUGAGAAUUUAUGGUUUAUUAAUGUACUUGUAGAUUCUUUUAUAAGAACUGUGAGUGGGCCAUGGUAAUGAGUACGUAUGGGUAAAAAAAAAGAAUGGAAAAGAAAAGCAAUGUCUCUGUUAGUAGAGACUACAACCUUGGCUUUGGCAAGAUUCCAAAAACGAAAAUUUCACCAAAAAGGAAAACAGGAGAGAAAAAGCUUGAUAGCCACGCCUAUUUUUCUCUCUUUUAAGUUUUAUGGUAGAGAGACUCCAAAAUACAUCAACUUAAUUUUUGGGUUUCUUCUGCAAUAAUGUCUCGGCUCCUCUCCAAGCUCGUUCCCCUCAUUCACAAGAGCAGUAGGAGCGUUCGUUCGUUUUCAUCCUCCACGACCGGCCCAUGUGUUUCUAUUGGCAGCAUUAUGGAACCCUCGCCAGACGGCGGCAACCUCGGACAAGUCCUGUUGUUCAACAUACCAGAUUUCAAGUUAGUCAGAGCGGACAAAACAUAUCCCAAUGAGCUUUAUGACGCCCAGUUGGUGGGAGCUUCCCAUGGAUGGGGAUUUUUCUCCAAUAGAACAGAUCGGUCGUUACUUAUCAGCGACUAUCUGAACCCUCAUGCUUCCAAGUCACAACCAAAGAUGAUUCCUCUGCCUUUUGUUACUCCAAUGUACUCUGGCCAAACCGAAGUGGUGUGCAACGUGGCAAUGUCCUGUCCUCCUCCUGAUCAAGAAGACGACCAAGAAGAUUGGGUCGUUGGCAUCAAGUUCUUGGGUAGACAGCUGAGUCUCUGCAGGCCCCGUUGUGACCUGCGUUGGACUAACAUCCUAACCCCUUUUGAGUCGUGGGAUAGCUCAAAACUUAUGUAUUCCAAGAAAGACCAAAAGUUCAAUUUGCUUGCUCCUGGAGGCAACUACUUAUGCUCCUGGGAUCUCAAUUUUAAGGAAGACAAGAAGCCUAAGUUCCAUGAGUUGGUGUUGCACAACCUUCCCAACUUGCCACGUUCCCAACGGAAGCUGUUGGAUUCCUACUGCAGGGAGGAUCAUUGGGUGGAGUCACCUUCAGGCGAAUGUUUCCUUGUCAAAUGGUACUCGGAAUACAACCCUAAAGGGUAUGAAGCAUCGACUGUAAUUGUAAUGGUGUUUAGAGAGGAGGACACACAAGCUGGGAGGAAAAACAUGCGUCACACAGAUGACAUUGGAGAUUUGUGCAUUUUCAUUUCUAAAGGAGAGGACUUCUGCGUCAAGGCGAGCUCUUUCCCUGGCCUCCACCCUAACUCGGUAUUUUUAAAUGGACGUUUGUUUGCGACGCUCAAUAUGAGCAACGGUACCUUCGGUUGCUAUGAAUACCCUCAAGGUACACCAGAAAAAGUUCCCUACUCCCCCUUCUGGCUUCCUCCGUUUUCUCCCUAGUGUUCUCCUUGCUGUUAUUGUUUUGUUGCUUCUGUCUUGUUUACCGGAUUUGAAUUUUCAGGAUCAUCUAAUGUUCCGUUAUAAGUUUGAAGACUUCUUCUGUAAGAAUAUUAUGUGUCACGUAUGUAUGGAGUCUAAGAAUAUCAAGCUAGCUUUGCUCAUCCUUAACAAAUUUCUUACA